AGGCGAUGACGCGAUGUCAUGAUGUACUGUGCAGGAAGUAGGUGAAGAGUCAAGGUAACGCUGUCAGUUUACUUGCAGGAAGCUUGAGAUUCCAUCAUGUCUUUGCCUCUGUCGUUUGCUAGAAAAGUUGUUCUUGUUACCGGAGCUGGAGGUGGACUUGGGAGAGAGUAUGCCUUAGCAUUUGCAGAAAGAGGUGCCUCUGUUGUGGUGAAUGACCUUGGGGGUGAUAUAAAGGGAGGUGGAAAGAGUUCAGCAGCUGCUGAUAGAGUAGUAGAAGAGAUAAAAGCUAAAGGUGGCAGAGCUGUGGCAAAUUAUGAUUCAGUAGAAGAUGGUGAAAAAUUAAUCCAGACUGCAUUGGAUGCAUUUGGACAAAUAGAUAUUGUGAUAAAUAAUGCUGGGAUUCUGAGGGAUCGAUCUUUUGCUAGAACAAGUGACCUUGACUGGGACCUUGUUCACAAAGUGCACUUAAGGGGCUCCUUCUUAGUCACUCGGGCAGCAUGGAAUCACAUGAAGAACCAAAAGUUUGGAAGAAUCAUCAUGACCUCAUCGGCUGCUGGAAUCUAUGGAAACUUUGGUCAAGCAAACUACAGUGCUGCUAAACUAGGUCUCCUGGGUCUGGCCAACACUUUGGCCAUUGAAGGCCAAAAGUACAACAUCCACUGCAACACCAUCGCGCCUACAGCAGGCUCUCGUCUCACUCAGACAGUCAUGCCACCAGAUCUGGUGGAGUCUUUGAAAGCGGAGUACGUGGCUCCUCUUGUUCUAUGGCUCUGCCAUGAGGAGUGUCAGGAGAAUGGAGGCCUUUUUGAGGUUGGGGCUGGCUGGAUUGGUAAAUUGCGGUGGGAGAGAACUUUGGGCCGUAUCGUCCGCCAUAAAAACCAGAGCAUGACCCCAGAGGCGGUCCGGGAUAAGUGGGACCAGAUCUGUGACUUCACCAAUGCCACUAAGCCAGCGAAUAUUCAAGAGUCAAUGCAGUUGCUGGUGGAUGUGCUGUCGAAAGUGGAUUCUGAGGAAGGAAUUGGAGGCAAUCCAACCAGUGCUGUGACCUCAGCAUCAUCUGGUAUAAACCCUGCAGAGGCUGUGGGCAACUUUCUUCCUGAGAUGACAUUUAACUAUACUAACAUGCACUGCAUCCUAUAUGCCCUGGGAGUGGGCAUGUCUACUAGAGAGGCUGAUCACCUCAAGUUCCUCUAUGAAGGUCACGAGGAGUUCAGCUGCCUUCCUACAUUUGGAGUCAUCCCAGGAAUGGCAUCAAUGCUAGAAGGAGGACUUGGUUCUGUUCCAGGGCUCAAUUUUGACCCCACCAGGCUCCUACAUGGAGAACAGUACUUGGAGCUGUACAGACCUUUGCCUACUUCAGGAACACUGACCUCAAAGGCAUCAAUAGCAGAUGUUUUCGACAAAGGGACUGGUGCAGUCAUACUCCUGGAUGUUUACACAUACUGCAAACAAGAGUUGGUCUGCUACAAUCAGUUCACAGUGUUCAUUGUUGGUGCUGGUGGCUUUGGAGGAAAGAGGACAUCAGAUAAAGCUGUGGCCACAGUUGCACCUCCAAACAGAUCACCUGAUGCAGUUGUGGUUGAUGAAACCACCAGAGAUCAGGCUGCUUUGUAUAGAUUGAGUGGCGAUUGGAAUCCUCUUCACAUUGACCCAACCUUUGCAGAAAUGGGAGGAUUCAAAACUCCCAUACUGCACGGACUGUGCUCAUUUGGAUUUGCUGCACGUCAUGUCCUGAAGCAGUAUGCUGGAAAUGAUGUUUCUAGAUUCAAAUCUAUUAAGGUGCGAUUUGUGAAGCCAGUCUUACCUGGCCAGUCUCUGCAGACAGAAAUGUGGAAAGAAAAAAACAGAGUUCACUUUCAGAGUAAAGUGAAGGAGACCGGAGCUGUUGUGUUAGCUGGAGCGUAUAUAGAUUUACAUGCAGCUCCUGAUGCUGUUGCCAGCAAAUCUCCUGCAGAGACCGGUGGACUUCAGAGUGACUUGGUGUUUGGUGAAAUUGGACGCCGGAUCAGAGACGUGGGUGCUGAACUUGUGAAGAAAGUUAAUGCUAUUUUUGGAUGGGAAAUUACCAAAGGAGAAAAGACGGCUGCUCAGUGGACCAUUGAUCUAAAAACAGCACCAGGUGCAUUGCAUAAGGGUCCAUACAGUGGCAAAGCUGAUGUGACAUUCACUGUGGCUGAUGAGGAUUUCAUGGACAUCGUAUUGGGGAAGCUCAACCCUCAGAGGGCGUUUUUUGCUGGCAAGUUGAAAGUCAGAGGGAAUAUCAUGCUGAGCCAGAAGCUGGAGACAAUACUGAAGGAUUAUGCCAAGCUGUGAGACUCUAUCCAACAACUUUAGAGAGAAAUGCAAAUGCAGACUUCAUGACUGUUUUACUGAGGGUGUAAGAUUGUCUCUACAAUGUUGAGAUUUUACAUCUAACAUUUACAUAUCAAUAACAUUAGGAGAACAAAACACUAACAGUGAGGGGAAGAAAUAACUAUUCACAAUAAGGACACAAUCUAGUUUUAACAUGUUUUUCUGGCUACUGAUUUCAGCAUAUUACACAGUUACCCUUUUUCUUUAGUUUGUUUAGCAUAUUUUAAAACAAUUCUAAGCUGAGUGAAGAGUGAACUAUGAUGUAACAAAAUAAAAGGAAAUGGUACAAAUAAUCUAUAAGCUUCAUACUACAUGAUGAUGAUGAUAAACUUUUAAACGGCAUUUAACAUAAGUGAAAGCUGAUUUUAACCUGAUAAGCUCUGGAAAAAUUUGUUUGAUUAAUGUUCCCAGUAAUCAAACAAUUUCUGUAAAUUAAAUACAACAUCUUUUUGAAUAAUAUGUAAGGUUUAUAGAUAAUAUGGUCUGUUAAAAUUGUCAUUUGUUUGUCAAAACCGAUUACUCUGCCUGUUAAAUGUGAUGUUAAUUUGUAAUAAAUCUCACCUUUAUAUUUC